AUGACGCACAGUGUGCUCCCCAGAGGAGGAGGGACAGCAGCAGUGACACAGCAUGACGGCAACAAGGAGGGGACAGCAGCAGUGACAGCAGCAGUGACGGCAACAGUGACGGCAACUGUGUGCUCCCCCAGAGGAGGAGGGACAGCAGCAGUGACAGCAGCAGUGACGGCAACAGUGACAGCAGCAGUGACAGCAGCAGUGACGGCAACAGUGUGCUCCCCCAGAGGAGGAGGGACAGCAGCAGUGACAGCAGCAGUGACGGCAACAGUGACAGCAGCAGUAACAGCAACAGUGACAGCCACAAGGAGCAGUGACAGCAGCAGUGACAGCAGCAGUGACGGCAACUGUGUGCUCCCCCAGAGGAGCAGUGACAGCAGCAGUGACAGCAGCAGUGACAGCAGCAGUGACGGCAACUGUGUGCUCUCCCAGAGGAGCAGUGACAGCAGCAGUGACAGCAGCAGUGACGGCAACUGUGACAGCAGCAGUGACAGCAGCAGUGACGGCAACUGUGUGCUCCCCCAGAGGAGGAGUGACAGCAGCAGUGACAGCAGCAGUGACGGCAACAGUGUGCUCCCCCAGAGGAGGAGUGACAGCAGCAGUGACAGCAGCAGUGACGGCAGCAGUGACGGCAGCAGUGACACUGGAGUUAGUCCCCAAAGGAAGAGAAAGAGAAGCAGUGAAAGCGACAGUGACACUGCAACGUCUUCAAAGAAGAGGAAAAGCUGCAGUGACACUGGAAUGCCUUUUGUGCUCCCCCAGAGGAGGGACAGCAGCAGUGACAGCAGCAGUGACGGCAACAGUGUGCUCCCCCAGAGGAGGAGGGACAGCAGCAGUGACAGCAGCAGUGACGGCAACUGUGUGCUCCCCCAGAGGAGGAGGGACAGCAGCAGUGACAGCAGCAGUGACAGCAGCAGUGACAGCAGCAGUGACGGCAGCAGUGUGCUCCCCCAGAGGAGGAGGGACAGCAGCAGUGACAGCAGCAGUGACGGCAACUGUGUGCUCCCCCAGAGGAGGAGGGACAGCAGCAGUGACAGCAGCAGUGACAGCAACAGUGACGGCAACUGUAGGAGGAGGGACAGCAGCAGUGACAGCAGCAGUGACGGCAACUGUGUGCUCCCCCAGAGGAGGAGGGACAGCAGCAGUGACAGCAGCAGUGACGGCAACUGUGUGCUCCCCCAGAGGAGGAGGGACAGCAGCAGUGACACUGGAAUGCCUUCUGUGCUCCCCAAGAGGAGGAGCAGCAGCACCGGGGUGUUCUCUGGCCUGCGCGCCUGCUCGAACCGCGACGAGCUAGCCAACUAG